AUGGUUACUAUAGGUAAUGUACAUGAAGAUUUGAUUCAUGACGCAGUUUUAGACUAUUAUGGUAAGCGUUUAGCUACAUGUUCAUCAGAUAAGACUAUCAAGAUAUUAGAUGUCGAUGCAAGUGACAAUUAUAAAUUGGUGACUACUUUAUCAGGACACGAAGGUCCUGUUUGGCAAGUAGCAUGGGCGCAUCCUAAAUUCGGCCCCAUAUUGGCUUCAUGCUCUUAUGAUGGUAAGGUUUUGAUUUGGAAGGAACAAGCAGAAACGCAACAAUGGUCGAUAAUCGCCGAGCACACAAUUCAUCAGGCUAGUAUUAACUCGGUGAGUUGGGCUCCGCACGAGUUGGGCGCAGUGUUGUUGUGUACUUCUUCCGAUGGAAAAGUCUCAGUUUUGGACUUCAACGACGACGGAACCACAUCUCAUGUAAUAUUCGAAGCACAUGCAAUUGGUGUUAAUUCCGCAUCGUGGGCUCCAAUCACUAAUUCCUCAUCGAAUAAAGAUGCAAAUUCCUUAAAGCAACAACGCAGGUUUGUAUCGUGUGGGUCUGAUAAUUUGGCUAAAAUUUGGAAGUUUGAUCCAGCUUCAGACUCAUAUGUCGAAGAGGCAAAAUUGGAAGGGCACACCGAUUGGGUGAGAGAUGUAGCUUGGUCACCUUCAAACCUAAUACGCCCCUAUAUCGCUACAGCAUCACAGGACAGUACAGUGUUGAUUUGGACUCAGGACAAAGAUGGAAAAUGGCAGAAGCAAAGCUUGACAGAGGAAAAGUUUCCUGACGUUUGUUGGAGAUGCUCUUGGUCGUUAUCUGGGAAUAUAUUAGCUGUCUCAGGCGGCGACAACAAGGUCACCUUGUGGAAAGAAAAUUUACAAGGAAAAUGGGAGUCUGCAGGAGAAGUAGAGCAAUAG